AAAAGUGUGUUAAAAGCAAAUCAGAGGAUCAUUUUAUUUUAUUAAAAUAAUAUUUGUGUGUAAUAUACUGUAAUGUGAAUUUAAUUACGUGAUUUAUUUUAUUUACAGUUAACCAUAAAUUUGUAACAUUUCGGCGUUGAAAUUUUAACUGUCCUCAAAUGCAAUUUGAUUUGCUUAUAUAGCAAACUUGAGUGUCCUCUAAUACGUUAUAUUUCCCGGAAAGAUUGCGUCACAUCUGCCUUUUAUCACCAAUGGCUAAACUUUCAUGGCGCCUCGAUGUUUAUCGAGAUUUCCGGAAUAUUCGCUACAAAACAUAUUCAUAUUCUGGUAAGAAAAUGGAUUCUUUUACCAUACGGUUUAUCCAACUUUCCUGCAUUUUACUAACUACAAAUUUAAUUUAUUUUGAAUUGUAUGUGAAUUUGAGUGUGUGAGAGUAAUAAGUAUUGAGCAUGUGUCAAAUUUGCUGUUCACCUCCAUUUAUGCUCUGUGAUACACAAAGAUUUGAUUCCAAAAUCUUGGAUCAACAGAUUAGAAACAUUUUUUUGACAAAACGUUUAGUUAAUUUGCCCCUUUGUAUGGAUUUUAUUCAUAUAAAGAAAAGAUUAACAAUGACGCUGAAUAGGUGGCCCUGACAUAUCUGUAAAAACCUCAAACUUGUCAUUUAAGGUAACGUUCCUUAUGCCCCAAGAAAUAAAAGACGCAAAAUCUCAUUCGUGCAUUCGAGCAGCAAAGUGGAUACCUGUCCUGUUUAUAAUGCUAAUUACAUUUUGGUCAUAUUACGUUUAUGUAGUCGAAUUUUGCUUAUACACCGUUGAUCCUUUUGCAAAAAAGGUGACCUACAUGGUAGUUUAUCAUGUCGUAUUCUUCAUGUUUUACUGGACGUAUUUCAAGACUAUUUGUACCGGCAUUGGCACCGUUCCUGAUCAAUUUAAGUUACCAGAUGGCGAAUAUGAUCGUUUAAUGCACGCGGAUUCGGAAGAAAUGGCACGAAGCAUACUGGAAACCUUCGCUAGUGUAUUACCAACAACAAAUUAUACGGUGGGCGGUUCUGUGAGGUACUGCAAGAAGUGCCGCCAUAUCAAACCGGACCGUUCUCAUCACUGCUCCGUUUGUGGGGAGUGCGUACUGAAAAUGGACCACCACUGUCCGUGGAUUAAUAAUUGCGUCGGAUUUACUAAUUACAAAUAUUUCGUUUUGUUCCUCUGUUAUUCUUUGGCUUAUUGUUUGUUUAUUACUGCAACUACUGCGCAGUACUUUGUCAGAUAUUGGACGGGGAAGUCUUCCCAAGGCCAUUUUCAGAUUUUGUUUUUGUUUUUUGUCGGUAUUACAUUUACAAUGAGUUUGGUAACGUUAACCGGGUACCAUUUUUACUUAACUGCCCAUAACCGUACGACACUGGAAGCGUUUAGGCCGGUUGUGUUUUAUGAUGGGCCUGAUAAAAAUGGAUACGACAUGGGCACUUGUACGAAUUUUCAUGAAGUAUUCGGCGAUUGCGUUGUUCGGUGGUUUUUUCCUGUUGCUGCACGCAAAGGCGACGGUCUGUCAUUUGCAGUGCGCAGCCGUAUUCACAAUUAUGACGCAAUUGAUUCCUCACAUUCAAGUUCAGAACGAUCAUAGGACUAUUGUAAGUAGUGUAAGGCCUAAAUUGGUGUAAUAAAAUAUUGCUUGUGAAUUUGUGUCUUUCAUUAAUCAAAAACGUUUUGCCACUUAUUGACACUCGGACAUAACUCAAAUUCCCGACAGUAUAAGUAGAAACCUUUGCCUCAUUCGUUCCUUUGAUAAUAGCCCUCCCACAUUGUACUCAGAAUCAAAGUUGCAACGGAAAAAAUUAACGCCCAGAAAUAUGCCUGUUAUCACCCAACA